AUGCCAUAUAACUUGGACGAAGGUAAACCAAGAGUCGUGAUUGUUGGUCUUGGCAUUGCUGGGAUAAAUAUGGCCCUUGUACUCAAAAACCAGCUGAAGUACGACAACUUUGUGGCCAUCGAGAAACAGUCUAGCGUUGGUGGCACAUGGCGUGAUAAUGAGUACCCCGGCUGCAGUUCGGACGUACCUGGUCAUCUGUACUCAUUGUCGACGGAAACCAACCCGAACUGGAACACUUAUUACAUUUCUCAACCCGAAAUCAAAGCUUACUGGGAGAGAAUAUUCAUGAAGAACAAUUUGAGCAACUACGCCGCUUUCAACACUCAACUGAAGGCUGUGGAAUGGCAGUCAAAGCAAAACUGUUACAAGCUCACCCUGUUGGAUACCAACACUGGAGCUUCAUCUCAAUGCUAUGCUGAAGUGGUAAUCCAGGCUGUUGGGCCAUUUACUGUACCCCUUUUCCCCGCAAAAGUGGGGAAACUAGACAGGUUCAAGGGCCCUUCGUGGCAUUCUGUACGCUGGAGACACGAUGUCAAGCUGGCAGGCAAACGCGUCGGUGUGUUUGGCAAUGGCUGUUCUGCAGCCCAGUUCAUACCUCAGAUUGCUGCUGACCCAUCAGUUCAUGUCGUCAACUUUUGCCGAACUCGACAGUGGUUUGCUGAGAAGGGGCAAUAUCGAUAUGCCUCUUGGAUUAAAUGGCUAUUUGCCCAUGCACCUUUAACCAUGCGCGCAUACCGCAGUUCGAUCAUGAUUCGGAGCGACCUUGUGUGGUUCAUCUUUCAGAAGCAAAAUUUUCUACUUAUGAAAUUAGUACGACUAAUGUUGACGAGAUACAUGAAAGCGACCGCUCCCAAGGAGUACCAUGACCAGCUCAUACCUUCAUACAGUCCAGGAUGUAAGCGGAUUAUCAUUGAUCCUGGAUACCUCGCCGCAUUGCAUCAGCCAAAUAUCGAACUUUGCUGGGACACUGUUGAGGAAAUCGUUGAAGAUGGAGUCAAACUUUGUACAGGGAAACUACUACCUCUGGAUAUCCUCAUCUUUGGUACAGGAUUCAAAGUAGUGGACAAGGACAUUGACAUCCAAGGGGUUGAUGGCCUAACGCAAGAAGAGUACUUUGCCUCAAAGGAUGGUCCCACUGCAUACAUGGGCACGGUCUACCCAGGCUUCCCAAAUUACUUCACCAUCACAGGUCCGAAUACAGCCACCGCUCAUGCUUCUCUGCUGUUCUCGGAUGAAGUCCAGGCGCAAUACAUAGCCAAACUUAUCCAACCGCUUCUCAAUGGACUGACAAAGACUUUGGAGGUCAAGACAGAAGCUGUGGACAGAUACGGCGUCUGGAUUCAGAAACGUCUCGAGAACACAAUUUUUCUGGACUGUUAUUCCUAUUACCGAGGAGACGACCGUAAUAACGGGCGAAAUAUUGCUACAUUUCCAGGAUUAGCGAGUCUGUACUGGUGGAUUACUCGAAAACCUCGAUGGGAAGACUUUAUAGGAGCGGAAGAGUGGUCGGGAAAGAAAGGAAGGGCCGGGAAGAUGAUUGCAGGCGCCGUCCGGGUGAGCGCACGUUGGCUUGGACAAGCGAUGGCUCGGAAUACGCCGAGAGCACAUCCCCACCACUCACUCUACGCUUGGAUAUAA